AGUCACUCUCAGAACAUGGGAACAAAUCAGACUCACAUGCAUGCAGUGCAGCGGGCCGGCCUCCUGCUGAGAGCCGCUCUGCUCUUUGUCCUGCUGUGCAGCCCACAGCAUGUGGUUUCAGACUCAGAUGAGGCCGUCCUGACUGAGUGGGAGAUCUGGAAGAGCAUCCACGGCAUAGCCUACGAUGAACUGGACGACAUGCAAAGGAGGGUCAUCUGGGAGGAGAACAAGCGGAUGAUUGACAACAAUAAUCACAGGUUCUUCAUGGGCAUGAAACCGUUCACUAUGGCCAUGAAUAGAUAUGGAGACCUGACAAGACAGGAGUACCGAGUUUUGCAAGGUGCCGUGAUAGACGCCCAAUUCGUGAUGAGAGGGAAGACCGUCUCAGCCCGAAGGCUGCGUAACAAUGCUAAGAAGUUAGAUACUUGGUUUGUCGACUACAGGAACAUGGGUUACGUCACUGAGGUGAAAGACCAGGGAUACUGUGGCUCAUGCUGGGCCUUCAGCACCACAGGAGCUAUUGAGGGACAAAUAUACAAGAAGACAGGUCGUCUUGAAUCUUUGAGUGAACAAAACCUGGUGGACUGCUCCAAAUCUUACGGUACCUAUGGCUGCAGUGGUGCCUGGAUGGCCAAUGCCUACGACUACGUGGUCAGCAACGGCCUGCAGACGACAAACACAUACCCAUACACCUCAGUGGAUACUCAGCCCUGUUACUACGAUAGCAGGCUUGCAGUUGCCCAUAUCAAAGACUACAGGUUCAUACCCAAAGGAGACGAGCAGGCUCUGGCUGAUGCCGUGGCAACCAUCGGUCCCAUCACAGUAGCCAUUGAUGCAGAUCAUUCAAGCUUCCUGUUCUACAGCUCAGGAAUAUACGACGAGCCGAGCUGUAACCCGAACAAUCUGAGCCACGCGGUGCUGCUGGUUGGCUACGGCUCUGAAGGAGGCCAAGACUACUGGAUCAUCAAAAACAGUUGGGGUACCAGCUGGGGUGAAGGCGGCUAUAUGCGAAUCAUCCGAGACGGCAGAAACACCUGUGGCAUCGCGAGCUAUGCCUUGUACCCUAUUCUAUGAUUCAGAUAAGACGCCUCAGUUGAGUGUUGAUGCUAAACGUUUACUCUGGACUGUCAGCGGGCCUCAGAAAGCAGCCACUGCUAAUAGUCCACAGCACUUCUAUCAUCCAUAUUUCCUGAAGCCUCUGCUGAACCUUUCUGACACUGCAGAUAAUGUUUUGUGAUUCAAAGAUUCAUAUAAGCCUUUUAUAGUGAACACAUUGCUUCUCUCAGGGACGUAAUACACACACCAGCACAUAUGGCCAGAGAUUCUACUAGCCCUCCAAACGUUUUAUUGAUUGAAAAUAUGAGAAACUGCCAUUUUAUGUAAUUCAAAGUGAGACUAUGUAACUUUGGACUGGGGCAAAAACACAUUCCUCCAUUUGCAAAUGCAAAGUUGAAUUUGUAAGUAAAAUAAAAUACAACUAGAAUUUUGCUAUAACCUUCCUUGGUCUGGUGAUACCUGUAUCUUAUUUUGGCUAAUGUUACCAAACUUUAACGGAUAAUUGACAUUACUGUGCAACUACAACUUUUCUCCACUUGUACUACUGUUACAGUUGCUAACAAUUUAGCAUUUAGCAUCAUCCAUUUCAGGCCUCAUCACAUCAGCAUUAAAAAUGGCGGGAUUACACAGUCAAAUCAGUUAUUCUGAUGGAAUCAUUGCGAUUGUUAGAUUUGCUCCUGGGAGUAUAUUUGCGCAAAAUUUGACACAUUUAACCCAUAGCUAGCCAUGUUGAUCUGUACUGAGCUUUGAGGGAAUGGAGGACCGGGGAGUCCAAAAUAGUGGAAGGUAAAGCAUUAGCUUAUGAGCUGUAAUUGUACCUUCAAGUAUAAGCUACUCUUCAAAAGACCUGACGGUAAAUGAGGCAAGAGUCUGUACAAAAGCUCCUAGCCUAAAGCUACUGUGGCUAACAAGUGCUAGUCCGUUCCCGGCUGCUAAUGCCGUUAGCAGUUAGCUCGCCAGCUACAGAAGCUCAACAACCAGCCCUGCAAGAAGUCACUACUGUGUAUCACCAAGCUUUAGGAACCACAAGCGUGGAUUCAUUGUGCUGUGCCACUUCCUGGUGUGAUGAGGCCUUAGCUGCCGCUUGUAGCCACAGCGGCUGCUCCUCCACGGGCUGCAUAGUCUUGCUUCAACAAGGAGUAAUAAUUAUUCAUUACCAUUCAGCAACACCUUUGAUUUUCUAGACUAUAUCAACAACCAGGGUGCCCUGUUGGUGAAUUUCACUGUUUGUUUUUGACUGUGCUGUUAUAUCUUCAGACUGCAAAGCUUUUUUGUUGUAGUUGUACUUGGUAGAAACUCAAAUGACAUGGGGGGGAGGGAUGAAGGGGUGGUGGUGUUGGGACACAAUGUUUCAGGCCUCACUGAGAAUCUGAGAAAGAACAAAUAAAGUGUUGCUUUGCAUUU